CCUGGUAUUCGAAGUGAAGCUUGAACAAAUGCAUCUUUUUCUUUCCUCCACAUGCGUCUGUUCUGACCUAAGAAUUUCUCCCCUCGUCUCCCUUCUCCAGUCUCAGAUCGCUGCAACAAGUUCUAUAAAAAGGAGCUAAUUUUCCCUCACAGAGGAGAAAUGCCUCAUUCGCGCUCGCUCUCGACAUAUAUUUCGCUAAUCUGGUCUCACCAUCGCUUAACUUCUUGCUUUUCCUCCGCGAAUCAGAUUGAAAGGUCUUUCAGUAGGAUUGGAAGCUUCCGAGUUCCGCCCUCGCUAUUUCUUAUUUGAGUUUUUCUGCGAAAUCUAAGCUAGUUUUAUUGUGAUACUCUCACAAAAAGAAGUUUUCUUGUUGUCGAAGAAUCUUUUCAUUUUUGGCGUUGCUAAGCGAUUUUCGCUCGGAUGAACCCUAGAGGAAGGUAUCCUACCGGUAUUGGUAACGGCCGCGGGGGCAGCGCGGGUUCUAAUCCCAAUUUCUACCCGAGAGGACCGCAGCCUCAGCAGCAAUACGUGCAGAGAAAUCUUAUAUCGAGUCAGCAGAGACAGCAACUACAGCAGCAGCAAGAAGAAUGGCGGAGGAGUCAGAUGAAUCAGGUGGAAAGUAGUUCUAGUGCCUUUGAUGCGGUGAAUUUGGUGCCCUCUGAAGGCAGGGAUUCAAGUUCCCAGGAUUGGAAAGUUCAGUUGAAAAUACCACCUCCUGACACACGUUACAAGACAGAGGAUGUAACUGCAACAAAAGGAAAUGAUUUUGAAGACUAUUUUCUGAAGAGGGAGCUGCUUAUGGGUAUAUAUGAGAAGGGAUUUGAAAAGCCUUCACCCAUUCAGGAAGAAAGCAUUCCGAUUGCCCUAACUGGACGAAACAUUCUUGCUAGAGCGAAAAAUGGGACUGGGAAAACUGCCGCCUUCUGCAUUCCAGCAUUAGAAAAGAUUGAUCAAGACAAGAAUUCUAUUCAAGUUGUCAUAUUGGUUCCUACAAGAGAGUUGGCUCUUCAGACAUCUCAGGUUUGUAAGGAGCUCGGGAAGCACUUAAAGGUUCAGGUAAUGGUAACUACUGGAGGAACCAGCUUGAAGGAUGAUAUCAUGCGCCUGUAUCAACCUGUCCACUUACUUAUUGGGACACCGGGUCGAAUUUUAGAUCUCACGAAGAAGGAAGUUUGUGUUUUGAAGGAUUGUGGCUUGCUCAUUCUGGAUGAGGCGGACAAGCUUCUGUCACCAGAAUUUCAACCUUCAAUUGAACAGCUUAUUCGCUUUUUCCCUGCAAAUAGACAAAUAUUUUUGUUUUCAGCCACUUUUCCUGUGACUGUUAAGGAUUUCAAAGAUAGAUUUCUCCCAAACCCUUACAUAAUCAACCUGAUGGAUGAGCUGACUCUCAAAGGAAUAACACAAUUUUAUGCUUUUGUAGAAGAAAGGCAGAAAGUGCACUGUCUAAAUACUCUUUUCUCGAAGCUACAAAUCAACCAAUCUAUUAUAUUUUGUAACUCGGUCAACCGUGUAGAACUAUUGGCGAAGAAAAUCACCGAACUUGGUUAUUCGUGCUUUUACAUCCAUGCUAAAAUGCUGCAAGAUCACAGGAAUCGCGUCUUUCAUGACUUUCGCAAUGGUGCAUGCAGAAAUCUUGUCUGUACAGAUCUUUUCACACGGGGCAUUGACAUCCAGGCUGUAAAUGUGGUCAUCAACUUUGAUUUUCCCAGGAAUUCAGAAACCUAUUUACAUAGGGUCGGUCGCUCGGGAAGGUUUGGUCACCUCGGUUUAGCAGUCAAUUUGAUCACAUACGAGGACCGUUUCAAUCUUUACAGGAUUGAACAAGAGCUUGGAACGGAAAUCAAGCAGAUUCCUCCUCAAAUUGAUCAGGCUAUUUAUUGCAAGUGAUUUAGGACGGGUUGUGUUUCGUCUGCAAAUAAAACAGAAGAACUAUGUUGAAUUCCAAACUUCAGGUAAGUUUGUAAAUCAUAAUUAUAUCCAUGUUCCCCUUUAAAUGUACGUUUAGUGCUGUAAAUGAAUCAAGUUUGGUUGAGUACUAUUUUGUUCAAGCUCGUUCAUUUAGGCUUUUACUAUUAAAUCGAGGGGAGCUUGAACACGACCACAU